AUGAUGCCGUGGGUGGCCGGGGGCAACGUAGCUAGUGGGGCGCCGCUGACUGCAGCGGCACCCGCGUCGAGCUGCACUCCACCUCACGGCACCACCUCGCCUCCGUGUGAUGCCGUCACCAAGGCAGUAUGUGCAUCGCCCACCUCCUCUACCCCGACCCUACACGGCAAGCCUUACAAGGAGCGCAAGAUGCGCGAGCUGGAUCCGCUCACGCGCUGGCGUUGCCGGCGUUGUGGCGUGAUGCUGCAGCCGCCUCUCGAUGCAGCGACGGGCAAACCGCGCUACGGGGUGAUGAUGACGGAGCACCUGGAAGGGGUAUCGUCGGGAGGAACGGCGUGCCUGGCAACCGGGGUAGUAGUGUGUGCCGCCGGCACCAUGCGCUACGAAAAGGUGUUGCAUGAAGACACCUUGUCGCAUUCUCAACCGAGCAAGCGGCCGCGAGACGACGCGGGCGAGGGCUUAGCUAGAGGGAGAGCGACGGAGGAAGAGUCUGUUGUCGCCGGUACUCGCGAGUCCCAACGCCACGAACACGACGGUGUCGACAAGACUACGGCCUGCGAAGCCCUUCGCCGUUUGCUGCGCCGGUGUCAGCAAGGGGCACGGCAGCACGGCAACGCGAACGCUUCACCCUCGCCGCUUCUCUUCAUAGUUGUUGAGAAUCCAAAGACACCGGCGAACGCGGGCGGCAUUCUGCGAGCGAUGCGCUGCUACGGGUUGCAUGGGCCCGCCGCCGCUGCCGCGACGGUUGCGGCCUCCACAGAGGAAGUCACGGAUUUGUGCGCGAGUGUCGGUGCCUCCAUGCACGCCACCGUCGAGGCGGCUGCGGAGAGCGCAGAAGGGUCGGUACGACACCGCGUCGGCAGCUUCAUCUACUCGGGAACGCGGCUGCAGAAAGCUAUGGCGCACUCCGAGUACGCCCACGCACUGCGCACCGACCCCACGCACGCAGGACGCGAUAUUCCUCAGCUGUGCGUGCCGGCUCUUGACGUACUGUUCAACGUGCUGAGAGACGAGUACGGGUACCAACAAAAGGAGCCGCGGUCACCAUCACCCUCCUCCGUGCGUGUGGUGGCCGUGGAGCUGGUGGAAGGUGCCAUUCCUCUGCCAUUUUACGCGCACCCCUUCAGUCAUCCCACUCAAGAUGUGGCACUGCCGCGUGUCGAGCAGGACGCUACCUCGACUGUCGCGCAUGUCCCAAUGGUCUUCUACAUACUUGGUGCUGAAGACGGUACCCUUUCUGCCCACCACGUGCAGCACGACGUCGAUGAUGUUGUCUUCAUUCCAACGACCGGCAGCAUGAACCUGGCAGCCACCGUGAAUGUUCUCCUGUACGACCGCCUCUCGAAGGAGUGCUGCGGUGUGCACCCCGGUGUUGCAGAGGCUGCAUCGACAGGGAGUAGGUGGAAGGGCGUGUUUGACACGCGUAACGCCAACAACCGAAUGCGCUGGACGCGCACUCCCCACUGA